AUGGGAUUCUCGCCGGAUGUGUUCCACUUCGGCAUCGGGUGGACGGACGGCGGGGCAGUUCGAAUUCUGCGCAUCAGGGGGAAGACAGCCAUGGUGGCGCCGCUGACCUUCGAGCCCGAGCCUGCGAGCCCAAGCGAGAGCCGACCGCUGCUGCUGCAGCAGCAACUGCAGCAUGACACGCUCGUGGCCAUCGCCGACUGCCACGAGCUCAAGCCCCACGAGUCGGAACCAAAUGCCGCCGAGGAGCUACAGACGCUCUUGGAGCUCGUGUACCCAGUCGUGGGCACGACGGCGCUCGAGUUCCUGCCCGGACUCACGUGCAUUGUGCUGGCGGGACACAUGGACUCGCCAUACACGCAGCAGUAUGUAGACGCCGCCACACUCUCCACCAUGUUCAUGAACGUGACGAACUAUUCCGUGUGCUUCGGGCUCUCGUCGGCGUUGGAUACACUGUGUUCUCAAGCGUACGGUGCUCGACGGUAUGACAAGAUUGGCAUCUACUUCCAGUCCGGAGUAUUGGUGCUGGGAGCAGUAUUUGGACCCAUUUUUCUGCUGAACUGGUACACCGAGCCGCUGAUGGUGCUCGUGGGCCAGGACCCGGAGGUGUCGAGGCUGGCGCAGAUCUUCUCGAGGUGGAUGUUGCUGGGAAUGCCGUUUGUGGUGCUGUACGAGCUCAUGAGAAAGGUGUUGCAGGCGCAGAACAUCAUGAAGCCGCUCCUGACGAUCGCCACCAUCGGAAACGUCAUUAACGUCGUGACGGGCUACUUGCUGACGUACUACACGCCCAUGGGCUUCGAGGGCAUCGCACUAUCGAGGUCGUUGGGCAACAUCACCCUUCUGCUACUGUUGGUCCCGUAUUUCUACUACCACCCGCACCAUUUGACCCAGUGGUGGCGCGGAUGGAAUAUGAAGGAGGCGAUGGCGCACGUGGGUCUGUUCAUGAAACUUGGGGCGCCAGGGUGCCUCAUGAUGACGAUGGAAUGGACGGCGUUCGAGCUGCUUACGCUCAUGGCAGGCGUGCUUCCGAACGCUGUGGUGUCCAUGAGCGCCCACUCCGUGCUGGUCAACAUCAAUAGCAUCAUCUACAUGAUCUUCGCAGGGCUGGCUGUGGCUGCGAACAUCCGCAUUGGCCAUUGCCUUGGUGCGAAUCUGCCCAAGCAGGCCAAGACUUCAUGCACGGUGGCAUUGACGCUGACUCUGGCGAUCUCGCUGACGUUCAUCGCGUUCCUGUACGCGACUCGCUGGACUCUACCCAAUCUUCUCCUCAACGACCAAGAGAGCAUUGCUCGUGCCGCGAGCGCAUUGGCAGUGUGGGCGCCGUUUGAGAUCCUUGACGGCCAGAAUACGGUGCUGCAGGGCGUGUUUCGAGGUGCAGGCAAGCAAAAGGUCGGUGCAAUCAUCAACGCGGUGGCCUACUACGUGUUUGGCACCCCGCUGGCGGCGCUGCUAGGAUUCUAUUGGACAUUUGAUGUCGAGGGACUGUGGGUGGGCUUCGGCUUGGGCAUCCUCGUGUCUGCGUCGUGUCUGUACUAUUUGUUGUUCGAGCACUGGACCUGGGACGAACUUGCCGAUGACGCCCAGAAGCGGACGGCUGCUUGA